GCGAGAAAGCACAAGGCCGGCACAGUGAGGAAAGGGGAGCUUAUAGAUAGAUAGCGAUGCAGCGCGAGGUGCGCACUACGCCCCGGUCGCUGCUGCCAGUAGAGUAGCGUAGCAUAGCUUGCCCGCCGCCGCGACCUCCGGGUUCUGGGAAAUGGAGCAGCUGCUCACCGCUGCCUCACUGGCGCCGCACCAAGUGAAGCUGUCUUGAGCUCGAGCUUGCUUGCUUGCUCGCUCCGUUUAGCACAGCAGCGAACACAGCUCCAACAACGCAACUCGGGAGAGAAGAGGAAAAAGGAGAAGGAAGCUCUUGUGCUGUGAUUGCUUGCUUUCUGUAGACCCAGAGCCGCUGGCCAUGGACGCCUACGAGGCCACCAAGGUGGUGUUCUCGCGGAUCCAGGCGCUGGACCCGGACCACGCCGCCAAGAUCAUGGGCUUCCUGCUCAUCCAGGACCACGGCGAGAAGGAGAUGAUACGCCUCGCCUUCGGCCCGGAGGCGCUGCUCCACACCGUCAUGGCCAAGGCGCGCAAGGACCUCGGCCUGCUCCCGGCCUCCGGACCGGGCACGCCAACCUCCGUCGCCGCCGCCGGGCACUCCCCGUUCCUGCUCUCGCGCCAGAACUCCGGCCGCUGCGGCGGCGGCGCCGGCACCGCGCCCUCGCCGCUCUCGGUGUCGUCGCCCUCCUCCUGGGCGCCGCCGCCCGUGUUCUCCAGGACCAACAGCGCCACCAAUGGCGCGGCGGAGGAGAUGGCCGGCGUCGGGGAGGACCUCAUGAGCCCCGCGAACGGGAACGGCCCGCCGUCGCCGUUCUUCGGCGCGACUGCCGGCGACCAGCUCCUCGACGAGCUCCAGCUGCAGGAGCAGCUCGCGUUCCUCAACGACGCCGGCGCGGGGGCAGGGCACCAGCUGCCCCUGUUCGACGCAAGCGAGUGCCGGAGCCCCGGAGCUGGCGAUGGCGGUUUCUUCCCCUACGGGAGCCUCGGUUGGGCCAACGGCGGCCCCGGGCACCGCCGUAGCUCGUCGGUCAGCGAGCUCUGCCUCGGCGGGGCCGCCGACGGCCUCGGAUGGAAGCCGUGCCUCUACUACGCCCGCGGGUACUGCAAGAACGGCAGCGCCUGCCGGUUCGUGCACGGCGGGCUCCCCGACGACGCCACCGCUCUCGCCGGUGGAAAGAUGGACCCCGCCACCAUGGAGCAGCAGUGCCAGGACAUCCUCCUCCGCUCCAAGUCCCAGCGCCUUGCUGCCGCUGCCUUCCCUUACUCCCCCACCGGCUCGCUCCCAGGCUCCCCGUCCGCGGCCAGCAAGUGCCUGAGCUUGCUCUUGCAGCAGCAGCAGAACGAGAACCAGAGGGCGGCAGCUGCAGCGGCCGCCGCAGCGCUGAUGCUGGGCGGCGACGAGGCGCACAAGUUCAUGGGGCGGCCGCGGCUCGACCGCGCCGACUUGGCGAGCAUGAUGAACCCCGGCUCGCGCCAGAUUUACCUCACCUUCCCGGCGGACAGCACCUUCCGCGAAGAGGACGUCUCCAACUACUUCAGCAUCUACGGCCCGGUGCACGACGUGCGCAUCCCGUACCAGCAGAAGCGCAUGUUCGGGUUCGUCACCUUCGUCUACCCGGAGACGGUGAAGCUGAUCCUGGCCAAGGGCAACCCGCACUUCAUCUGCGACGCGCGCGUCCUCGUCAAGCCCUACAAGGAGAAGGGCAAGGUCCCCGACAAGUACAGGAAGCAGCAGCUGCAAGGCGAGAGGGUGGAUUUCUCCAACGGGCUAGACGCCAGGGACUCCUUCGAUCUGCACCAGCUCGGUGCGAGGAUGCUGCAGCACUCGAACAGCGCCAACGAGAUGCUGCUGAGGAGGAAGCUGGAGGAGCAGCAGCAGGCAGCCGAGCUGCAGCAGGCGAUGGAGCUCCAGAGCCGACGGCUGAUGGGUUUGCAGCUGCUCGACCUCAAGUCACGCUCGUCGCCGAGCCCCAUCGGCAUGCCCUUCAGUCCCACCCGGGCCGUCGCCUCCCCUACCGUCGAGUCGCCGCCGGAUUCUGGGGAGCAAGGCAAGGGCAGCAGCUUCCUUCUUCCCCAGAGGCGGGCGGCGGUCAACGGAGGCGAUAAGGAGGAAUCUAGCGGCGAGGCGAGCCCGAACGCAGACAGUGACCAGAGUGCGGAGCAUAACCUGCCGGACAGCCCGUUCGCGUCGCCGACCAAGUCCGCCGCAGCAGCAUUUGCUCAUGAUCCUUUCGCGCUCACUGAGUCGGAGGUCGCAGCUGCCUCGCCCGGUCGCAACACCUCGUUUGCUGGCAUCAACAAUGGCGGCCUCACUACUCAUCUCAGGCCCUCUGCGCUGGACAUACCUUCACCAAAGCCUUACUUCUUCCCCAUGUCCAGGCUGUCCUCCGAUCACGGCGCCGGCGCGAUCGGGAUGUAAAGUUGUCCUCAACGGGAGGGAGUAUGAUACUACUGGCUAAUCAUAGAAUAAUAGAAGCAAAGAAAGAAGAUAGUGGAGUAUAGGAAAAAAAGAAUGGAGAAGUUGCAGCAUAGUGUUAGUUCAGUUCCUUUUUUCUUCCUUUUUUUACUUUCAAGAGUUUGAUAGCUUUUAUGAAACAAAACCAUAAGUAGGAGAAGAUGCCAGCCAUGGCCACAAGCUGGGGAAGCAGAAAGCAGCAACAGAUUAGUGGUCUCGUAUCCACAUUAUUACCAUCUGCAUUACUACUAGUUACUACUAUUAGCUAGUGUACUUAGUAUAGCCACCACCAGCAUUGAUGUUCUACUACCAGCGUCUACCACAGUAACCUAGUAGCUCCAUCCAUGAUAUGCUACUGCUACAGCAGCCACUAGUUCAUACUACACUUGAUAGCACUAGGUGUGAUGCUUACCAACCACAAGAUGGUACAUACAUGUAACUCUACUAGGCUGCCUUUGCUUUCUUGCUCGCUGUGUGCAAACAGCCAUGCGAGGCAGAUGUGACAGGCUUGGAUUGGAGAGGAGGCUGCUGGUCCAGUCCAGUGUGGUGUAUGUAAAAAGAUCUCACGAGACAAGAUGAAGAAACAAACGAGUGUCGAGUGUAGGUGUGUGAUUGAAGGACCACCCUCCAGUCUGCUGAUGCCGAACCAAGCUGUUUGUCAAUAUAGGGAGGAGAGGUGUCAGCGUUGUUGGCUGGGUUGUUCAUGGUCCCCUUCUUUCAGCAGGUGCAGCUCACUACAAAAGAAAAGAUGUUUUUUAUUUUUCUUUUUCGUUUUUACCUUUGCUUCUGUCGAAUGAAUAUACUGUAGUGACAGUGUUAUUAUACAAAGGAAAGAAAAUGAAAGAUAUGGAAAUAAUUUGCCCUCUAUGGUUUCA